AAAACAACAUGGAGUACACGGGCAGUAGUUACGAAGGGGAUCACCAAAAUGGACGAAUGGAGGGAAAAGGGAAGUAUGCGUUCCCAACGGACACAAAGUACGAGGGAGAGAUGAAGGAUGGUAUGUUUCAUGGUCAGGGUACGCUCUCCUUCCCCAAUGGCAGCAAGUAUGUAGCAACGUGGGACAAUGGGAUUGCUGUCGAUGGUAAAUACACCUUUGCCGAUGGUCUGGAAUAUGAAGAGGAUGACUGGCUUUAUUGUGACGGAUACGACAGACGGUUCUUCACUGAGAUUUGUGAUGGUCUAAAACCAGCUGGUCGUUCCCAGCUGACCAAUCGGAUUCCACCGAGGGAUAUACCCGAGGGAUGUUACGAUACCGGGAAUGGUUUUUAUAACCCCGAAUCAAGAGUCAUUGUCGACUACAACCACAAAUUUCUCAGGAAUGCAGAUGACGAUGAGCAUGCAUGGAUCAUCAAGACUUGUAGAAAAGGAUGGGAUGAGGUCGUAGGGUAUCAACCAAAACCAGAAGUCUAAAUAUCCCAGCUGGAGGUAAACAACAACACCAACAACAACAAACAGUAUGAUGCAACAGAGUUGUGGCCAACGUCACUUUGUAUUUAUUUAAUUGUCCACUCUCUGUAAAAACAAAAAUCAGGCUGCCUUUUGAAGGAAACUGUUCACACACAAAAAUUCCGGCCUGAUAUUUUGUUCUUGUAAGGGCAACAUAUUUUACCCUAAGGGCACCACUAUGGGCAGGGAGGGACAACAAUUUUGACUUGAAUAUUUCAAAGGAAACCUUGUCAAGGCAAUGACUAGGGGCAUAGAGGAAAUUGCCCCUGCUGCCUUCUAUUCCAGUCACAGUUAGUUUAUGAUGGACUUCUAGGCAUUUUCAGUCGAGGCCUUCUGGGACUCCUUUUGGCUGCCAUGUAAUUUUGUGAAUCGGGCGGGCAUUUUGUUAAUUUUAACUCUGACCUGGUGCGGCACUUCCAUAAACAUCAGCCGAUAAACAGGCCAAGAACUUCACCCCAUUCCUGUCAUGGAAGCGUGCGGGACACUUGUAAUUGUGACUAUGACCGCGCUAUUGCACAAUCUUUCGCCGUUUUGGUCGUUUCCUAGAAAUCGCACACGAUGACCGGCCUCCACUUUAAUUGUGACUUUGGUAUUCAGGAAGUAUCAAGUCCGAUUAUUAUUUCUAGUCUUUUUUAGAUUCAUGGCUGCUUCAGUAUUACAAGCUGUUGUAGCUAGGGGUCAUGUGGGGUCAAUGACCCUUGCAAAUGAAAAUGAGGUCAUGACCUUUAAGAGCCUCCCUGUCAAGGUCAUGCCAGCUAUUACUGUUUUAGCAACCUACCUAUUUUUUGGGGGAAAUGUAUUUACAUAAUAAUCCAAUUUUUCAAUGUUACAAUUGAACUUGAUUUACAAUGUUUGAUGCAAGUUUGAAAUAUGAUUUUUUUUUUUUUUUUACAAAUUGUGAUAUAUGACGAGAUGAAUGUAAAUAUAUUGUAAAUAAAGACGAGAAUAUACAAAAACAGUUUGUGUUCAUACUCCAGAUUUUGUUUAAAGUCGAUGUUUUCUUGACUUGAUUUAAUUGAAUAGAAAUUAUCGACUUGAGAAGACACACGCGAAGACGGCAUUGUAACAAAUAAAUUGUAACAAAUAAGUCAACGUAAUGUGAGCUUUCCUAAGUGCAUUCCUGAAAUAAUUCCACCCACAAAUAAUAUCAUCUCGAUCAAAAGCAAAUCUGAGACCAAAUUCAAAUUAAAUUUUUGCCUCAAAAACUAUUAAUUAAAGGAACACGUUGCCUUGGAUCGGUCGAG